AUGGGUCACCAGCAGCUCUACUGGAGCUACCCUGGAAACUUCGGCCAGAAUUCUCGCUUUUGCCACAUCUGUUCAGACCGGCGUGGUCUGAUCCAAAUAUACGGCCUCAAUAUGUGUCACCAGUGUUUCUGUCAAAACAUGAAGGAUAUAGGCUUCAUCAAGUUCGACUAA